AUGCGUUCAUGCACGUUUCCACUUGCGGCGGCAGCCACUGCCGUCUUGGCGGCGCCUAGAUAUGCCAUGUAUUUUGACCAAUGGCACAAGGCAACACUACCCCCCAAGGACGUGACGGCAGGCGUCCACUAUGUCAUCACUGCCUUUGCUCCUUCAGAAACAUUCAACUCCGGUAGCUCGUACCAACCUUUUAUGCCGUUGGACCAGGUGCGGGCUCUGUUUGAUGAGGGUACAAAGGUGUGCAUGGCUAUUGGUGGAUGGGGUGACACGUCUGGCUUCAGUAUCGGCGCUGCCACCGAGGAAAAGCGCAAGACGUACGCCAAGAACGUUGCUACCGCUUUGAACAAGCUUGGCUACGACUGUGUCGACAUUGACUGGGAGUAUCCCGGCGGCAACGGCCAAGAUUACAAGCAAACUCCCAAUGAUAAGAAGGUUUCAGAAAUAGAUACGUACCCGCUCUUGCUGCAGGAGAUCAAGACUGCUAUCGGAGACAAGGAACUGUCUAUUGCCAUUCCUGGAAGGGAGGGUGACAUGAUUGCUUUCACGGCUGAGCAGGUUCCCAAGAUUGACCGAAUUGUCAUGGCUUAUGACAUUAUGAAUCGUCGAGAUAACGCUACCAAUCACCACACCUCUGUUGUGGAUUGCGCCCAUACUAUUGACAUUUACAUCAAGCGAGGCAUGACUGCCAGCAAGAUGAAUCUUGGAUUCGCUUUCUACGCCAAGUACUUUACUACCAAGGACGGUUUCAAAUGCACCGAGCCCACUGGCUGCGCUACGGCGGUUCUCGAAGCUGCCGAUGGCUCUGACCCUGGCCUUUCCGGAGCCGUGACGUUUGAAAUCGAAAACUACAACAAUGCGGCUUUUGUCAAAGCCCUGCAGAAUGGCAAGGAGGACGCGGACAAGGGGGGGAUGUGGUACUGGGAUUCGUCUACUAAGCAGUACUGGACUUGGGAUGCUCCUGAUCUUGUUGCCCGGAAAUUCAAGGAGAUUGUGGCUGCCAAAAAGCUGGGCGGUGUCUUUGCUUGGAGUCUGGCUCAAGAUAGCCACGACUGGAGCCAUUUCAAAGCCAUGCAAGCUGGUGUCAAGUCACUGUGA